CCACCAUAACGGACUCAAUUUCCCAGAGUUCCGUGCGAAUGCAACGGGUUUCGGUGAAGUCAUGAGAAAGCGCCGUUUGUUUUUAUUUUUCACGCGUUAUAAAGCUACGUCGUGCCUUCUGGUGUUUUUUAUUAAUGCUUUUUCCACACCGCCAGACUUUUCAGAGGGACACGUACAGUCAUAACGUCAAAGAGCAGCGCGUAGCCUUGGAACAUUCAAACAUGCCUUUCUUCACUAACUUAUUUGCUGUAUAGUGGAAACAUACUUGCAGGGGAAACAACGUUACCGCUGAAAAGGGAGUUACAUCGCUUCGUGUUUUGAGUGAAAUGGAUGGAUUCACACUUCCAAACUGACCAGUUUGAUAUAAAGGGUCGUAAAUGUUUUUAAUUCGCUCAGUCUGCUCAAUGAGACUGAAACAUAUGUUCUGGAGUCUAUGACACACUCAGUUUCCUCUCGCUUAGAUUCAGUGGAAUCGCUAAUCAACGAGCUUCCAUAUAUGUUUUAUCUCGGCCUGUUUUUUGUAAAUGUCUUAAUUCUCUACUAUACCUUCUUAAUGGAAUACAUAGUCCUUAAUGUAGGGAUAGUAUUCUUGCCAGAGGAUAUGGACCAGGCACUGGUGGAUUUGGGUGUGCUUUCUGACCCAGCCUCAAUUCCAUAUGACACAGACGCUGAGCUGGAUGUUUUUGAGGGAUAUCUGGAAUAAACAAACCAUGAUUGACACUUCCAGCCGAAGCCUUCGCGGGGAAGAUGUCAUUUGGCUGGCUCAUUUGGUUACUGGACAACCAUUGUCAAAGGGAACUGCAUAUGAUCUCUGCAGACAUAAAAUAAUGCUGCAGUGGUCAGCCUAUAAAAAAGUGACUUUCAUGAAUAAGACUUCCAGGUUCAGAGGACUGGCCUGCAAGCAAGCCAUCGUGCCACAUGGAAUAUUUACCUGGAACAUAUAAGCCGAAUGGCCUUUGUGGUUUUCCAUGGAAAUGCCAGCCAGUGUCUCUUCAGAGAUCAAAUUCAGACACUAACCACUACUGUGGAUAUAAAUAUUACAUAAGCCUAUUUAUUUUUAGUUUGGCAUUCAGUGCUCAUGCAGGAUUCUGUGUCAGCCCUGCAAGCGCUUGUUAUUCCUCUGUAGGCAGAACCCUUAUACGUGGUCAGCCACGGCAUGUUUUACCUUCCCUUUAAUGCUAUUUAAAUGAGCAAUAUGUCAUGAGACAAACAGGGUGUCUGAAUCAGUGUUUGGAGUUUUUCUAAAAGUCUCUCUUAGGAACAGCAUAUUUGUGACAGCCUGAGAAAGAUAUAUUUGUCUGAGGUUCGUUUAUCCACUUAAUAUUAAAUAUUACUUUCA